AUUGUUGAAGUUAUUGGUGAAGGCAUGGUUGUCGUAGGCAUCACUUUCGAAAAUGGUAAUGUGGAACAACGUAUAGUUCAAUUAGCUGACAUAAUUGGGUAUGCCGACGAACAAUUGUCUAAAGAUUCUCACGGAAACGAUGUUGUUUAUACAAUGCCAUAUGGAGGAAAGAAAGGCGAAUUACACUUAACUUCUACAUGUCCAGUAGAUACAAGCCUCACACUUAUUCAAAGCGUUUUUACUCAGCAAAAUAUCUAUAGUCAAGCAGCAGCUUUUGCCAUCGCUGACCCCAUUUCACGCACACAUCUUCUUAUCAAAGUUUUUGACCGAAUGAAGCAGAAGCAAUGGGUAGAGGCCAA